AUGAUUAAGAUCAAUAAAUUUAUUCCUCUUCUUCCUUAUGUUGGUAAAUUUGUACUACAACAAUAUGAUGAUUAUAAUGUUCAUCAGCAGCAACAGCAGCAGCAGCAGCAGCAAGGGAUGCAGAUGCAGCAGCAGCAAGGGAUGCAGAUGCAGCAGCAACAGCAAGGGAUGCAGAUGCAGCAGCAACAACAAGGGAUGCAGAUGCAACAACAAGGGAUACAACAAUAUGUAGGGAGAGGAGGAGAUAAAAAAUAUUGGAGGAAAAGAGGAUUUAUAGGUAAUGUUGGUAAUCCUCUUCCUCCUCUUCCUCCUCUUGCUGCUGCUGCUCCUCCUCCUGUUGCUGCUGCUGCUCCUCCUGUAGGAGGAGGACUAUAUAAUAAUACAGCAGAUAGAGGGAUACGUAUAGGAGCUAAAUGGCAAUCAUUAGUACUUACUUUCUUCCAACUGCAGCAGCAACAGCAGCAGCAACAGCAGCAGCAACAGCAGCAACAGCAGCAACAGCAGCAACAGCAGCAUGGGCAGCAAAUGCAGCAAAUGCAGCAAAGAGGUAAUUGGAGAUCUAGAUAUCCUACACAAAAAGGUAGACAUAAUAUAGUGCAGCAAGUGCAGCAACUGCAGCAAGUGCAGCAACUGCAGCAAAUGCAGCAAAUGCAGCAAGUGCAGCAUUAUCAAAGACAGCAGCAUCCUCAUCAUCUUGUACAGCAGCAGCAGCAGCAGAUGCAGCACAUGCAACAAGUGCAACAAUUGCAGCAUAUGCAGCAGAUGCAGCAACUGCAGCAAAUGCAGCAAAUGCAGCAACUGCAGCAAAUGCAGAGAAGGAGACACCAUCAUAAGAGAUAUACUAGUAGAUCCAUAAGAAGAAGAGACACAAGAAGAGGGGGACAUCAGCAACAGCAGCAACAGCAGCAGCAACAGCAACAGCAACAGCAGCACCAGCAGCAGCAGCAAAGGCAGCAACAUAGCAGUAGCCGCUGGCCUGUUGUUGCACCACCAGCAACUGCAACACAAGCAGCAACAGCAGCAACAGCAGCAACAGAACAGCAGCAUCAAGAAGUAGCAGCACCACCAGUUGGUGAUACUGCAACAGCAGCAGCAGCAGUAGCUGCUGCUGCAGCAGCAGCACCUACUGCUGCAGCUGCUGCUACACAAGACGUGCCCUUAGCCAAUGAAGCAGCAGCGCCACCUGAGGAGGCAGCAGCAGAACCAGCAGUAGCAGAAACUGCAGCAACUGCAGCAGCAGCAGCAACUGCAGCAGCAGGUGCAGCAGCAGCAGCAGGUGAUGCAACAGCAUAG